AUGAAGUCCUUCUCAUUCUGGCUAUCCAUCAUUAUUGGAAUUGCAUCGAUUGUAACUUUUCGAGAAUACAUAGUGGGCGUAGCAUUCGCGACAGCAACGAGCUUGUUCAACUCCCUGAGCAACAUUGGGAACGGAAACGUAUUCGACUUUGAAGCCAAGUCUUCGCAGCAACAAGAAUCUCAAGUAGACCAUCACCUUUACGCCACCGACAUGUCUGUCCCUCGCGCGAUCCGCAAAGUCUUUCUGGCCGUUGAACAGGCUGAGGGUGCUGGUGCUCGCGUUCGUCGCUCCAUCGGCACGCCUCAGCUCAAGAACUUUUCACCAUUUUUGAUGCUUGACCACUUCCGUAUUGCCCCCGGCUCGGGCUUCCCGGACCACCCCCACCGCGGUCAGGAGACAAUCACCUACCUCCUCCACGGCGGCGUCGACCAUGAGGAUUUUGCCGGCAACAAGGGCACCAUCGAGGCCGGCGAUCUGCAAUUCAUGACGGCCGGCCGCGGCAUCAUGCACGCCGAGAUGCCCAAGCAGAACCCGGAUGGCAGCGCCAACGUCGGUCUGCAGCUGUGGGUCGACCUGCCCAAGCACCUAAAAGCUUGCGAGCCGCGGUACCGCGAUCUGCGGGCUAAGGAGAUCCCCACUGUCGACGUCGACGGCGGUAAGGUCCACGUCAAGGUCAUCUCGGGCCAGAGCCACGGGGUCGACUCGGUACGAGACCUGGCGUACACGCCCGUGUGGAUCUUGGAUGUUCAGAUCAAGCCCGGCGGCCGGAUCGCGCAGCCAGUGCCCAAGGGGUGGAACACUUUUGCGUACACCCUCGAGGGACAGGCCAUCUUUGGUGAGGGGACGCAGAAGAGGGUGGUGGACGAGUUCCACAAUGUAGUGUUCGAGGAAGAGGGCGAGAUCGUCAACGUCGAGGUUGAUGCCGGUGCGGAUAAGGACGCGAGGUUCGUCCUCAUUGCUGGGACGCCUCUUGACCAGGAGAUCGUGCAGUACGGCCCCUUUGUCCUGAGUUCCAAGGCCGAAGUGUACCAGGCCCUGAUGGACUAUCAAACUCACUCCAAUGGGUUUGAGAGGGCCGAAGGUUGGCAGAGUGAGAUCGGGAAGUCCAUGGUUGAAUAA